GCAUUAUCAAUGUUUCAAAUAGUAUUCAAACUAUGUGUGUUCACCUUACCAUGGACAACGUUUACAUCGACAGAUGCUGUCACACUGACGGGGUCGUCUGUGUACGCUGUACCUGGGUCUGGGUUUACAUUAACGUGUGAUGUACCAGAGGAGGCCCAGGGUGUAAGGUUUUACCGCCGUCCUGAAGUAACAUCUCCAGAAGGUGCUGUUCAAGUAGGUGGUGAUCAGUGUUACAACAUAAAAGUAGCCUUGCCUGUCCCAUGUACCCCGGAUGUCUGUUCUUGUGUAACGUCAGAAGGCCUCGGUACAGUUUUCCGAUGGAUCAUGCAGCCACAGACUGAAGACCAUGGAUCUGUGUGGUUCUGUAGACGAACUAACACCAACCUACCUAACCAGACACUGGAUAGUGCUGAUUUCAUCCUCGAAGUUGCAAAUGGUCCAGGUACUUCCAUUGCCUUGUCCCCGCCGGACACUACCUACACCAAGACAGAGGGAGACACGUUACCUGACAUCACUUGUGCAGCGGAUUGUAAACCUGACUGUACAUUUGUCUGGACACGACCGGACAACAUCAACUUUACUGUGUCACCUGUGUUGUCACUAGGACAACUGAAGAGGUCAGAACAUGGAACGUACAAAUGUACCGCUAGGAAUGGUGUAGGGGAGUCGACUUCAACAACACAUGUAAUUGUACAUUAUGGACCUGGAGUCAGCAUUUCAUUUGAACCUCAAGAAGAUAGUGUUGAUGUCGCUGAAAAUCAGACCGUCACAGAUGUCAUCUGCUCUGCCGACUGUAGACCGUUAUGUACCUACACCUGGUCUAAGUUAGGAUCGAAUUACCUGAACCCGUUGAGUCUAUCUGUGGCCACGAGGAACAAUGCCGGACAAUACACAUGUAGAGCCAACAAUACUGUUGGUCAAGGAACUAGGAUGUGGAACCUUACCGUCAGAUUUCCGCCUCGAAUUACCGCUCUUGUUUACAGUCAAGGAGAUGCUGAAGUGAGAGAACAUGAAUCUAAAUCACUGAUCUGUACUGUGGAUAGUUAUCCUCCGUCCAAAAUACAGUGGCUUUAUAAAACCAACAACACCAUUCUACUCAACACCCCAGACGUCUUAGACAGUACCUAUACCCUGACUAACGCUAAAUGUCUGGACACUGGACUGUAUACCUGCGUCGUAAGGAACAGCGUCUCUACAACAGCUGUCACCAGGGACAUACCUGUCAACGUUCUCU